AUAAAGCUGGAAUUGACGAAACAUAUCCGGGCAUGGAUGACGUUUCAACCGCAGUUUUGAAAGGUAAGCUGCUAAUAUAAGUACAGAGAUGCUGUCCAGCCUCUCUAAGGAGGAUUUGCGAGAUCUCUUUCCGGGGCCUGAGCACUUCUUCAGAAGGCGAACCAUUUGGAGGCUUACUCAUGAGCAAAAUGAGCAGGGUCAAGAAUCAGACCCGUGCAGACCUGGCACCUGCUCUGAGACCUGUGAUUUCAACUCCAGCCCCCUCUCCUCUCAACCCACACACCACUCUCCAUCUCCUGACCCUUCUCCCAACGUAAGAGACCAACAUAGGACCGUACAGCUUGUCAGUCCACAGUAUGUCAUAUACACAGACACGGAGUUGGAGCAAUCAAGAAGCACCUUUUUUGAAAAACAGCGUGCUGGACAAGAAGGAGAGCAUAUCCUUUCCAAAGAUCUUCACUGUCGAUUAAUCAGAAAUACAGUAACCAGCAUGAUUUCGAUUAAGAGAGCAGCAGGGGAUGGCUUCCAGUACCCAUGCACCCGUGAACUCAUAGUAAUGGCGAAGCGUCUCAUAGAGUACUACCCAAUGCUGCGGGACAAAUCUGCAGCCAGUGGAGCUGAGUGGGAACCUGUGAAGAAGCAGCUUUUGAAAAGGCUUCAGAAUGUGACAACCCCCAAAAAGAAACAGGGAGCGACCCCUUCAAGUAAAAGGCCACGAAGCCUUAGUUUUCAGAGCAGCCAGGAGACGUCUACUGAUGAGACUGAUGAGUCCACUUCCUCAACUUUGAUCUUGGGGAGAUCAUCACAUUCUAGAUGCAGUACCUCAGAGGCUGAAGAGUUGGAUGGUAAGUACAGAAAUUCCCAUAGUAGAUAGUAUUUAUGUAUAAAUGUAGCUUCUGCUGCAACUCUAAAGAAUAGACUAGAAACAAAGUGACAGUUUAGACUGUUUCCUAUAAAACAACAGGGUGCAAUUGGGGGAUUGAUGUACAUAUCUGUCUUUAAGUUCAACAAUAUCAUCAUGCUAUUUUAUUAAUUUAUUUAUUUUUAUUUUAACACUUUGAAAUAGGAAAAACACUUUAGAUGGGAAAAAUACUCACUGCAGGAAUAUGUGUAAUAAUGCCUUUGACAAACUCUUUUGCAGUACCACACAAUAGUAUGGAAUUGUGCAAGUCAGUU